GUGGGGGCGGGGGGAAGGGGCGCGAGGGCCGAGAUGGCGCAGCAGCGGGUCCUGCCGCAGAGCAAGGAGACCCUGCUGCAGUCCUACAACAAGCGCCUCAAGGACGACGUCAAGUCUAUCAUGGACAACUUCACCGAAAUCAUCAAGACGGCUAAGAUUGAGGAUGAAACUCAAGUCUCUCGAGCAACCCAGGGUGAACAAGAUAACUAUGAGAUGCAUGUCAGAGCUGCAAACAUUGUCCGAGCUGGUGAGUCCCUGAUGAAACUUGUGUCUGACCUGAAGCAGUUCUUGAUCCUCAAUGAUUUCCCCUCUGUGAAUGAAGCUAUCAACCAGCGCAACCAGCAGCUGAGAAGCAUGCAGGAGGAAUGUGACAAAAAGUUGAUUGCACUACGGGAUGAGAUCUCCAUUGACCUGUACGAGCUAGAAGAAGAAUAUUACUCUUCCAGCUACAGUCUGUGUGACAGCAAUGAUCUUCCACUGUGCGAAGCCUACUGGAGACAAGACUUUGCCACGCUGUCCCCUGAGAGCCCUUCCAUGCCUCUGACAGCUGCCGCAGCAGAGCAGAGUGUUGCUACCUCCCAGAGCUCAACCCCAUCGCACCCUCAUGUGAACGGGCACGGGGCAGGCCCCACGGAGCACUCCUAAAGAGGAUCCUCUGCUGCUGAACCCACUCCUCCUGGCAGCACCAUGCUGCUGGAAGUCUUCCACCGCUGCACUGAGGAAGUGUCUCCCACUGUCAGGAGAAGGCACUGGAGCUGUGUCUGCAGGUUUUUGCUGCCUGGAUAGCCACAGUGCUUUCUCCACCCCUGGGACAUUGCCAUGAGUGUUCCUCUCCCUUAAGAGAAUGUGAUCAGUAAAUACAAAGUUGAUUGUUCUAACAAAUUAGAAUUAAGUUUGCUUUAACAUGACAGUUACGUGUAGAGUUCAUUAGAAAUCCAGUUUCUAAUGUCUAAUUCCAUGUGAGUCUCAAUAAGUACACACUGGAGUGUGUGGAGUUGACUUUGUUUGGGAUAAACUUGAGCCAAAUGUGGGAAUAGUGAGUGUUUUGGGGUUUCUACCCUGCUUUCCAAGGUUACUGACAUUCUGGCUGCUUUAAAGCUUUCUCAGGAUGGCAUCUGACGACCACAGCUCUACUUAACCAGAGUAAGAAUCUUGUAGUAUUUUUUUACACAGCAGCCUUCACUGUCAUAGAGCUUCACAAACUUGAACUUCCUGCUUGCAGUCAUUUGGGAAGAGGCUCUCAGGAGACCUUUACCAAGGAGCAGUGGUCUCUCUUUUGAAAAAGGCAAACAGGUAUCCAUGAUGCCACUUGCUCAAGGCCGCAGCUAGAAGCAGCAACAUACUUUCAUUAGUCCAGUCUGUUUUUCAUUGUUGACACAGAAACCUUCUGUUAACAUACUCUGAGCAAAAUCUUGAGCUGACUGGGGUGUAGGGAGCAGUGAGGGAUACUCAGUGACUCCUGCAGUUUCAUUCCAAAGCAGCACAUUUGGCGCUUUUUCUGCGGCUGUUCCGCGUUCCCUCAAACCGCGCAACUGGAACGGGGCUGGGGUUGAACUGGGAUACAGCCGUUGGCAGCUGAGCCCGGCUCCCCCUGCACCCUGCUGUAACCUCUUGUUCCUUAGGAUGUGAAUUUUGGUAUACGUUUCAUUUUAUUUUUCUUCUGUUCCAUUUUAUUUUUGUAACGAGGUGGUUUAAUAAAACUAACUUUUGUAUCAUU